AGUAUGCGCUCCACAGGUUGGUUUGUGAUCCGUCAGAGAGCAAGAAGAAGAAGAAGAAAACGUAAGCUGCACAUGGUGGCUCUCUGUAGCAUGACAAGUACAAAGUUACUAUUUGGUUUACUGCAGUCCCGUGACACCAGAAGGAGAACUUCCGGAGGCAACAUGACAACACUGAGGAGGAUUCAUUCAUGGCUGCCCCUCCUGCAGCGACUCCGCACACUCAGCUGUGACCGCCUGCUUCACACACUCAGCACCGGCCACACACACCGUCACACACUGAGCUCCGGCCACACACACCGGCCCAGAGCUGCGGCUCCUGCACAGUCUAGGGCGUUUGCACUCUCCGCAUGCAGGUGGAAGAACACAGAUGACUUCAGCAGUGGUCAGCACGAGGAGGAAGAUGAUGAUGAUGAUUUCAUUGAUGACAGCGAGGUGGAGGAGCUGUUCCAGCUGCAGGUUCCUGCAGGCCUCGGAGAGGGUCAGCAGAGAGUGUUCAUCGUUCACCCUGAUGUCAAGUGGGGAAGCAGGAAACAGCACCUGACAACCGCUGAGCUGAUGAUGGCUGAGGCUGUGGGGCUUGUGAACACUUUGGACAACUGGAGAGUUGUGGACAAGAUCAUCAUGUCCACCAAAACACCAGAGAAGAAGAGGAUAUUUGGCAAAGGCAACUUCCAGUCUCUGACAGAGAAAAUCAGGCAGACAGCAGGGAUCACUGCAGUGUUUGUGAAUGUGGAGCGUCUGUCUCCUUUGUCUGAGAGGGAGUUUGAGGAGGCCUGGGGGGUUAAAGUCUUUGACAGAUACUCAGUGGUGCUCCACAUCUUCUGUUGCAACGCCAGGACGAAAGAGGCCAAGUUACAGAUAUCUCUGGCAGAGAUCCCAUUGUUAAGAUCUCGUCUGAAAAAUGAAAUGGCAAACUUGGAUCAGCAGGGUGGAGGGUCGAGAUACAUCGGAGGUUCAGGUGAGACACUGAUAGAGGUGCAGCAGAGACUGCUGAAGGAGCGGGAGAUGAAGAUUCGCUCAGCGCUGGAAAAACUGCGGAGAAAGAGGCACCUGCUGCGAUCCCAGCGGAAACACAAGGAGUUCCCCAUCGCCUCUGUGUUAGGAUACACAAACUGUGGAAAAACCACCCUGAUCAAAGCACUGACUGGCGACAAUGGACUUCAACCCAGGAACCAACUGUUUGCCACGCUGGAUGUCAUUGUCCACGCCGGCCAGUUGCCCAGUCACAUGACUGUUCUGUACGUGGACACCAUCGGCUUCCUGUCCCAGCUGCCCCACCAGCUCAUCGACUCCUUCUCUGCCACGCUGGAAGAUAUUAAACACUCUGACCUGUUGGUUCACGUCAGAGACAUCAGCCAUCCAGAGACGGUGAAUCAGAAGGUAAACGUACUGAGUGUACUGAAGAACAUGAAAAUCCCCGACCGGCUGAUGAGCUCCAUGAUAGAAGUCCACAAUAAAAUUGACCUCAUUGACAACUAUCAGUGUCCAGAGCCCAACACACUGGCCAUAUCUGCGUUGGAGGAGCGAGGCCUGGGUGAGCUGAGGAAAGCAGUGGAAGCAGAAAUUGUAAACUCGACAGGAAAACACAUUUUAGACCUCACAGUUGACCUCAGCACUCCUCAGUUAAGUUGGCUGUACAAGGAAGCCACCGUUCAGGAUGUGCAGGUGAAUGCAGAUGAAGGCUCGGCUGUCGUCAAGGUGAUCAUCAGCGCCGCUGCCUACGGACGCUACAAGAAAGUGUUCACUGGCCCGUAGCAAAGUAGAGAAUCUUUCUUGCAUCCUGCACGACAGCAGCUCCAAGGAAAUGACUGCUCCAUGUGGACUGCAAACUUCUUUUUAAAGAAAGAAAAAGACUAUGUAUUGUACAGUAUAUUUAUAUAUUUGACGAUAUCAUUUUAUAAAAGAAUGUCGACGUU